GGAAUGGGAAUCAAUAACAUUUCCCGAUAUUGUUGUUUGGUAGAUCUGCAUCGGAAUGAACGUAAAGGAAUGAAACACCUCAAAUUCUAAACAAGGGUUUCAAUUUCAUUCCCCAAUUUCACUCCGAGGGUUUCAACACGAAAGCCUCACCCUCUCUUCGCCGGAAACGUCUCUCCCGCCGGGUUGAAAAAUUAGCGGGAGCGGAAUCACUGGUUGAAGUGGCCCACUAUUUCUCCCUGCCAGUCAGGAUGAAGAAUGGUGAGUCCACUUAUGAACCACCGCGUGGGCGUGGCAAGAAUAAAUGCUUUUGGACUCCUGAAGAGGUAAAAGCAUUAGUUGAAGCACUAAAAGAGUUGUCAUAUGAUCCUUUAUGGAAAAAUGAUGGUGGAUUUAAGCAAAACUAUAUGUUUGAGGUGCACAAUAUUAUUUCAAGUAAGAUUCCAAAUUUCACGAAGAAAGUUGAUCCGCAUGUUGAGUCAAAAGUGAAGUGGUUGAAGAGCAAAUUUUAUGCAAUUAGUAAGAUGUUAAGACAAAGUGGUUGCAAAUGGAAUGCUGCUGAGAAGAUGAUCAGCUGUGAGAGACAGUGGUAUGACAAUUGGGUUAAGACGCAUAAAGAGGCAAAGGGGCUCUGGAAUAUGAAGUUUCCAUACUUGCGUGAUCUUGAAGUGGUAUAUGGAGAUGAUAUAGUGAAAGCGGAAGAAAUUGAAGGCUUUGAAGAUGCUGACCAAAACAUGGAGACAGCAUUAAUAGAGGCUAAUGUUAUGGAUUUCAGUGAUGAAGGUAAUGAGGAGGCAAAUUCAGUUACCCAAGACAAAGAAGCAAACACAACUAGCACUAGUACUUUAAGGAAGCAGAAGAGACAAACAUCUCCUAUAAGUAAGGAAUCCAAGAAAGUGAAGUCAUCAGUAGCACCGUCACUGGUUCCAGAACAAUUUGAGAUGAUGACAGGAAAAUUUGAAGUGCUGUUGGAUCACUUGGCUACAAUAGCAACAACAAUGGCUAAGGAGGACCAGCGUGCACAAUUAGCAGCAGAUAGAAGUAAUCGGGUGGUGGAAGAGCUUUUGAAACUUGGCUUACCUACUGGAGAUCUUUUUGGUGCAGCUAAUAUUCUCUGUGCAGAAUCUUCCAAGCUUAGUGUGUUCUUUCAACUUUCUCCUAAAAUGAGGAGGCAAUACGUGAACUAUCUUCUGUAUCCUACCUCUAGUCUUUCUGGUUCUAGUAACUAGGGAGGCAGGCAGUCUUUUUGCUCGUUAUGGUUGUUGCUGCCGGAUUGCUUGAGACUUGUCAACCAUAGUUGCAAGGUUGCUAUGUAGGAUUGAUGCUUCGAUCGGUUGCAAUCUAUAUGGCAAGCUGUUAGGAACCUAUUAAUAUUGUAAAUCUGUAGGAUUAAAUUUGAAUCAUGUAUGGAUUAUGCUGAUUUUGAUUAGUUAUUCAAUCCCGUAGCAAUUUUUAA